CCUCUUCCCAAGUGACUUAUCUCUUAUUUCGCGAAGCUACCACUUAUUCAAGCAUCUCAUCUUCGACUCUCCCGUCUUUCACAAUCUCACAAAAUGUCCAGGAGAUCUGGGCCCCUAGCUCCAGGCAUCGCCUUCAUCACCGGCGGCGCCCGCGGCCUCGGCAAUGCUAUCGCCGUCUCCUUUGCUAAAGAAGGAGCGAGCGGUGUUGCUAUCGUCGACAUCCAACAUGACGUCACUUUCCAAGAAGGGAGGAAGAAGGUUGAGGAAUUCGGAUGUGAGUGUCUUACCAUCCGUGCGGAUGUGACAAAAGAAGAGGACAUGGAGAGAGCUGUGAAAGAGGCGGUCGAGAAGUUUGGGAGGAUUGACUACGCGGCGAAUUUCGCUGGGAUUGUGGGACCCGGCGCACCUAUUUCCGAAAUCGAUGUAUCAGAAUGGCAAAAGACGCAGGACGUGAAUUCAAAGGGUGUUUUGUUGGCCACGAAAUACGAGAUGCGCCAGAUGAUGAAACAGGAGUCUAUUGAAGUCGAAUUAGGGCGGGUUCUGCAACGCGGUUCAAUCGUAAACUGCGCGAGCGUGAAUAGUCUACAAUCAAUGCCCGGGACCAGUGCGUAUACUGCGUCGAAGCAUGCGUGCCAUGGAAUUACGAAAGCGGCGGCAUUGGAGGGUCGGAGCUGUAAUAUUCGGGUUAAUGCGGUAUCGCCGGGCUUCUUGCUGACAAAGAUGAUAGAGAGUAGUGUUUUGGGGGGUGAUAUGAAGUUGGGCCAGGAGAUGUGGAGUACAUUCGAGGCGAGGCAGGGGCGGAAAGCGCAAUUUGAGGAGGUGGGAGAUGUGGUGGUUUUGAUGAGUUUGCCUAGGAUGAGUUUAGUGAAUGGGCAGAAUUUGUUCAUUGAUGGGGGGUUUACAAUUAAUGAGAGCAACACUUAA